ACGUACCGAGAGUACCCAAAAGCCAUCGUCGCGAGUGGUCGCAUUGUCUCUCUGAUCUUCACGAUUUCGUAGAACUUUCUAAAUCAUCGAACGCUUAAAUACAACUGAAGACAUGUGCUCGACGAGUCACCCGUUCUUGGAUGGCCUGAAGAAUUAUCCUGCAGGCAAAAAGAAGGAUUUGCAAAAGAUUCGAUCAUGGAUCAUCACUCAAGCACAUUUACCCACCAUCUCCGAUGAAUACAUCUACCUGUUCUUGCACGCAUGCUACUACAAUCAGGAUCGAACGAAACAGGCCAUCGAGACGUACUUCACAUUGCGCACAAACACCGCAUCUAUAUUCGGCAAUCGCGAUGUCGAUUCAAACAAAAUCAAAACUUGCACAGAAAUUGCGCACAUAAUCCGGUUACCAAAGGAUACGCCCGAAGGUUACAAGGUUUUGAUGUACAGCGUUAAAGACACCGACUACACGAAACUGGUCUUCGCUGAUGCUGUUAAAGGCUUCUGCAUGUUCAACGAUUGCAUCCUUUCUGAGGAUGGACUCGCGGAAGGAUACGUUGUUCUGUUUGAUAUGAAAGGCUUAGCUCUGGGACAUAUAGCAAGGGUCAGCUUACCAGCCCUUAAAGCAUUCAUGGUCUACAUUCAGGAAGCUCACCCAGCCAGACUGAAAGCGGUCCAUGUCUUGAACACAGCCAACUACAUCAACCACAUAAUGAGGAUCGUCAUACCGUUAAUUAGAUCAGAGCUCAUUAGUAUCGUUAAAUUCCACAAAGGGAAUGUGCCAGAAGGAUUUCCAGUGGAAAUAAUGCCAAAGGAUUACGGCGGUGAAGCUCCCAGCACCACAGAACUGGACGGCCACACUCUAUCCUUGAUGACUAAAUACAAGCAGUGGUUGCUCGAUUCGGAGACAUUUCGCGUGGACGAAUCGCGCAGGGUUAAGAAGGCUUCCUGGUGGAGCUUGCUGAGCGGAUCAAAUCAGACGGCGCAAGCUUUGGAGGAGCAGAAUAAGACUCUCUUCCAGAAUUUGCAAAUAGAUUAAUCAAAGACUUUUUACAUAUAUACAUAUAUAAAAAAGGUGACUGGAACUAUGUAUUGUAAUAUUUGUAAGAUAUAUACUUUUUCUAAAAUAAAUCUAAUCUCAUGAAUUACAGCAUCUUCAUUUUGAAUUACUACUGUGGUGGCGCUGUCAUCAAAUCUUAGCUACUUAAGUUACUAAAACAUGCCACUAUAUA